AUGUGGAAUUCGGCUGAGAAUCUAUUUGCUAGAGCGCCGUCGUUUAGGGAGGAGGGAGAGGACGAGGAGGCGCUCCGGUGGGCAGCCCUCGAGCGUCUGCCUACUUAUGCUCGAGUAAGGAGAGGCAUUUUCAGGAAUGUUGUUGGUGAUCAUAGAGAAAUCGAUCUGAGUGAACUCGAGGUGCAAGAGCGGAAGCUCGUGCUUGAACGUUUGAUCACCUCCGUAGAUGACGACCCUGAGCGCUUCUUUGACCGGAUGCGAAAGCGAUUUGACGCAGUACGUUUGGAAUUUCCAAAGAUUGAGGUUCGUGUUCAGAAUUUGACAGUUGAAUCUUUUGUCCAUGUUGGAAGUAGGGCACUUCCAACCAUUCCCAACUUUAUCUUCAACAUGACUGAGGCACUUUUAAGGCAAUUGCGGAUAUACCGAGGAAACAGAAGCAAGCUAACCAUUUUGGAUGAUAAUAGUGGGAUUAUCAGACCUUCUAGAUUGACGCUUCUGUUGGGUCCCCCAAGCUCUGGAAAGACAACACUACUCUUAGCUCUUGCUGGACGUCUUGGAAAUAAUUUACAGAUGUCCGGAAAAAUUACAUAUAAUGGACACAGUCUAAAUGAGUUUGUUGCUCCAAGGACAUCGGCUUAUGUCAGUCAGAAUGAUUGGCAUGUGGCUGAGAUGACUGUAAGAGAAACUCUAGAAUUUGCAGGACGCUGUCAAGGUGUUGGGUCCAAAUAUGAUAUGCUUUUGGAGCUUGCAAGAAGAGAGAAGAUUGCAGGGAUAAAGCCUGAUGAAGAUCUUGAUAUAUUUAUUAAGCUUUGGGGGGCAGGAGACAAGCCUAGUGGUGGAGUACAUAAUGAAGAUUUUAGGGAUCUCGGGGGCCAGAAGAAGCGACUUACAACAGGUGAAUUACUAGUUGGUCCAGCUAGAGUGCUGUUCAUGGAUGAAAUCUCCAAUGGGCUUGAUAGUUCUACUACAUAUCAAAUCAUCAAAUAUUUAAGGCAUUCAACUCAUGCACUUGAUGGGACCACUGUAAUUUCUUUGCUGCAACCUGCUCCCGAGACUUAUGAACUAUUUGAUGAUGUUAUGCUCUUAUGUGAGGGCCAGAUUGUGUACCAGGGACCCCGUGAUGCUGCUCUAGAUUUCUUUUCAUCUGUGGGAUUUAGGUGCCCUGAGAGAAAAAACGUGGCAGACUUCUUGCAAGAAGUAAUUUCAAAGAAGGACCAAGAGCAGUAUUGGUCUGUUCCAAACCGCCCAUAUCGAUAUAUACCUCCAGGGCAGUUUGUUGAAGCUUUUCAUUCAUUUCAUAUUGGUAGAAGUUUGUCUGAGGAACUGGCAGUUCCUUUUGACAAACGUUACAAUCAUCCAGCAGCAUUGUCAACUUCCCGGUUCGGUGUAAAACAAAGUGAACUUUUCAAGACCAGCUUUAACUGGCAGAAGCUGCUAAUGAAAAGGAAUUCAUUUAUCUAUGUAUUCAAAUUUAUUCAGCUUCUUCUUGUUGCCUUGAUCACAAUGAGUGUUUUUUUCCGCACAACCAUGCGUCAUGACACAAUUUAUGAUGGAGGUUUGUUUGUUGGGGCAAUAUACUUCUCCAUGGUCAUUAUUCUUUUUAAUGGCUUUACGGAGGUUUCAAUGUUGGUAGCCAAGCUUCCGGUGCUCUACAAGCACAGGGAUUUGCACUUCUACACAAGCUGGGCAUAUACACUUCCUUCUUGGGUCUUAAGUAUUCCAAUUUCACUCAUGGAGUCUGGUCUCUGGGUGGCAGUCACAUACUAUGUGAUUGGAUAUGAUCCUAACAUUACCAGAUUUUUUCGACAGUUUUUGUUAUACUUCUCUCUGCACCAAAUGUCUAUAGCUCUCUUUCGUGUAAUUGGAUCCUUGGGCCGUCAUAUGAUAGUUGCCAACACCUUCGGAUCUUUUGCCAUGUUGGUUGUGAUGGCUCUUGGAGGAUACAUCAUUUCGAGAGAUCGCAUCCCAAGCUGGUGGAUAUGGGGUUUUUGGGUCUCGCCUUUGAUGUAUGCUCAAAAUGCAGCUUCAGUGAAUGAAUUCCUUGGGCAUUCUUGGGAUAAGAGAGCUGGGAAUAAUUCAAACUUUUCAUUAGGUGAGGCACUACUCAGAGCCCGCAGUUUAUUUCCAGAGAGCUACUGGUAUUGGAUUGGCAUUGCUGCUCUGCUUGGAUAUACAGUUCUAUUCAAUCUGCUGUUUGCGUUCUUCCUAGCAAACCUUAAUCCUUUGGGAAAGCAACAAGCUGUGGUCUCCAAGGCGGAGCUGCAAGAGAGAGACAAGAGAAGGAAAGGAGAAAAUGUUGUUAUUGAACUGAGGGAGUAUUUGCAGCAUUCUGGUUCACUGAAUGGAAAAUAUUUCAAACAAAGAGGGAUGGUUCUACCGUUUCAGCCUCUUUCCAUGUCUUUCAGCAAUAUCAAUUACUUUGUGGAUGUCCCCAUGGAGUUGAAGCAACAAGGGAUAGUAGAAGACAGAUUGCAGUUGUUGGUUAAUGUUACUGGAGCAUUUAGACCAGGAGUCCUUACAGCACUGGUUGGAGUCAGUGGUGCUGGAAAAACCACCCUCAUGGAUGUUUUAGCUGGUAGGAAAACUGGAGGGAUCAUAGAAGGGAGCAUGUAUAUAUCUGGUUAUCCUAAAAAGCAAGAAACGUUUGCAAGAAUUUCUGGUUACUGUGAGCAAAAUGAUAUUCAUUCUCCAUGUUUGACUCUUGUUGAAUCGCUUCUUUUCUCGGCUUGGCUUCGGUUACCAUCAGAAGUUAACAUGGAUACACAGCAGGCAUUUGUUGAGGAGGUUAUGGAACUUGUGGAGCUUACUCCAUUAAGUGGAGCAUUGGUUGGUCUACCUGGAGUCAAUGGUUUAUCUACAGAACAACGAAAAAGAUUAACCAUUGCUGUUGAAUUGGUUGCCAAUCCAUCUAUAGUGUUCAUGGAUGAGCCCACCUCAGGGUUGGAUGCAAGAGCUGCAGCCAUUGUGAUGAGAACUGUGAGGAAUAUAGUAAACACUGGACGGACAAUUGUUUGUACAAUCCAUCAGCCAAGCAUAGACAUUUUUGAAUCCUUUGAUGAGCUUCUGUUUAUGAAGCGUGGAGGAGAGCUAAUAUAUGCUGGUCCUCUUGGCCCCAAGUCUUGUGAGCUCAUCAAGUAUUUUGAGGCAGUUGAAGGAGUGCCCAAGAUCAGGCCUGGAUAUAACCCUGCUGCCUGGAUGCUUGAGGUUACUUCUUCAGCUGAAGAAAACCGUCUAGGUGUGGACUUCGCUGAAAUUUACCGAAGAUCAAAUCUACAUCAACAUAAUAGGGAGCUGGUUGAAAAUUUAAGCAAGCCAAGUAAUAGUGCGAAAGAGUUGAACUUUCGAACCAAGUACUCUCAGUCAUUUUUUGAUCAGUUACUAGCCUGUCUUUGGAAGCAAAAUCUAUCUUAUUGGCGAAACCCACAAUACACCGCAGUCCGCUUCUUCUAUACUGUUGUCAUCUCAUUGAUGCUUGGGACAAUAUGUUGGAGAUUUGGUUCCAAAAGGGAGAACGAGCAAGAAUUAUUUAAUGCAAUGGGAUCCAUGUAUGCAGCAGUCUUAUUUAUUGGAAUAACCAACGCAACUGCUGUUCAACCUGUUGUUUCUGUUGAAAGAUUUGUUUCAUAUCGGGAGAGAGCUGCAGGGAUGUACUCAGCUCUACCAUUUGCCUUUGCUCAGGUUAUUAUUGAAUUCCCUUAUGUGUUUGGACAGUCGAUUACAUACUGCACAAUUUUCUAUUCCAUGGCAUCAUUUGAUUGGACUGCUAUGAAGUUUAUUUGGUACACUUUCUUCAUGUAUUUUACCAUGCUAUACUUCACCUUUUAUGGAAUGAUGACGACUGCACUCACACCAAAUCACAAUGUGGCUGCCAUCAUUGCUGCUCCAUUUUAUAUGCUUUGGAAUCUUUUCAGUGGCUUUAUGAUUCCUCACAAGAGAAUUCCCAUAUGGUGGAGAUGGUAUUACUGGGCCAACCCAAUAGCUUGGACUCUUUAUGGUCUCUUGACUUCCCAGUAUGGUGGUGAUAAUAACUUAAUGAAGCUUUCAGAUGGGGAUCGCUUGUUACCUGUGAAGCAGGUUCUUCAGGAAGUGCUUGGAUAUAGGCAUGAUUUCUUAGGUGUAGCUGGUUUUAUGGUGGUUGGUUUUUGCGUGCUUUUUGGAGUGAUUUUCGCUUUUGCAAUAAAAGCCUUCAAUUUCCAAAGGAGAUAA